UAAUUGUGAAUGUUUUGAGGAUCAUUUAGAUUUCCCAAGUUUAAGUCCAUGUUUACUACUGUCAACGAACGGAAGUUGUUGGACACCAUCGGACGACUUUGUGUGAAACACCGGCGGUAUUUUCGAUUCUUCACCCAGCCCAGUAACACCAGCCCAGUAACAGUGAGGUCGGAUAUGGAGGGUUGCUGAGUCCUGCUCUCUACCACGGCCCGUCAGCCAGUCCAGCCGGACAGGACUCGGGUCAGGAGACGCAUCGUUAGGACGACAGGAUGAGCUCCUCGCCCCCCGCGGCCAAGAGGAAAUGUUACAUGGGACGACAUCAGAUCAUCAAGAAAAACAGUGUCCCCGACCCUGAGCAGCCACUCACCCCAAGACGCUCCAGUCGCCUGCAAACCGCUCACACACACACGCUGCCUGACAACACACACACGCUGCGUGACAACACACACACGCUGCGUGACAACACACACACGCUGCCUGACAACACACACACGCUGCCUGACAACACACACACGCUGCGUGACAACACACACACGCUGCGUGACAACACACACACGGCCCAGGAAGUGGCUGCAGGACAGGUGUGUGUGGUAGGAGACUCCUCUUUAGACCCUGGAGAGGAGAUGCCUCAGGUGCUGGAAGCUCUGGAUCCUGGAGGGAUGAAAUUAACACAUGGGGUAGAGAUGGGGGUAUCUUUAAUCCGGAGAGGGGUAUCCCACGCCUCAGCAGCUCCAGCCCAGACCUCCCUGACACCAGGACCAGAGGACGGGGCUAAGGUUGGACUAGGACCAGAUGUGUGUGAGCAUCCAGGGCUGGUUCAGACAGCGGACCGUAAGGACCUGGCUCAGUGCCUGCUGUUCAGUGAAGACUCAGAGGACAGAGAGCAUGCUGGGACGCUUCCACACAGACCUACGGACGCCCCACCCCCUCAGAAGAACUGUAGCUCCAGAGGUAGGAAGCGCAGGGCCAGGGGGAGGAGCUCUGAGACCACACCCACAGGAAGAGGAAACGGUUCCUGCCAGAAUGCUGACUCCCCAUUGGACGUAUCUGAUGACUUCAUCCUGUUCAGCCCCUCCCUCCUGGCGCGGGCGAGGGAGAGAGCGGCGCUACAGCGGUCUCUGAGGAACAACAUGUCAGCCUCUGUUCUCACGCCCCCUACUGGGCUGGAGGCCAGCACACUCAACACCACAGGGGUUGGUCUAUCAGCGGUGUGUAUGCGUCCAGACGAGCAGUGUGACAGGUUGUUGUUGUCCAGCUGGGGUCUACCUGCUGCGGUCCUUCAGCGUUACCGUCGUCAUGGUGUCGUCUCCAUGUUCCCCUGGCAGGCUCAGUGUCUCAGUCUGGGACGCGUGCUGCAAGGACAAAACCUGGUCUACUCAGCCCCAACCAGUGCAGGGAAGACCCUGGUGGCAGAGCUGUUAAUGCUGAAGAGAGUACUGGAGACGAAGAGGAAAGCUCUGUUUAUUCUGCCCUUCGUAUCCCUGGCCAAGGAGAAGAUGACCUACCUGCAGAGUGUGUUCUCCGAGGCGGGGGUGUGUGUGGAGGGCUACAUGGGAGGCCGGGCUGCUCCAGGAGGUUUCAAUAGUCUGGAUAUAGCAGUGUGUACUAUAGAGAAGGCCAACUCCCUCCUCAACAGACUCAUAGAGGAGGAUUCCAUGGACCUACUGGGUGUGGUAGUUGUGGAUGAGCUUCACAUGGUAGGAGACUCCGGUAGAGGAUACCUGCUGGAACUACUGCUCACCAAGAUCCGAUACAUCGCCCUCAAACACAACACCAACAACGGCUCCUUAUCAGAAGGUGUCCAAAUCGUGGGUAUGAGCGCCACCCUCCCAAACCUGUCCCUGCUGGCUGGGUGGCUGGAUGCUGAGCUUUACCAGACAGACUACAGACCCGUCCCCCUGAAGCAGAGGCUCAAGGUGGGGAACAGCAUCUACGACUCCAGCCUCUCUCUGGUCCGAACCUUCAAGCCCCUGAUCACUGUUAAGGGCGAUGAGGACCACAUACUGUCUCUAUGUUAUGAGACAGUGAGUGAGGGUCACUCUGUCCUCCUGUUCUGUCCUUCCAAGAGCUGGUGCGAGAAACUGUCGGACAGUAUUGCUAGAGCGUUCUACAACCUCAGACACACAGGUGGGCAGAAUGGCUCAGCGCUCCAGCCUGUGGCGUUGGACCAGGGGGGAGUAGUGGAUGUGUUAGCCCAGCUCAGACGCACCCCAGCUGGGUUAGACCCGGUCCUGCAACGCACCGUGCCCUGGGGGGUGGCCUUCCACCACGCUGGUUUGACGUUUGAUGAGCGAGACGUGUUGGAGGGAGCGUUCCGAGGGGGCGUGGUCAGAGUGUUGGCGGCGACCUCAACCUUGUCAUCGGGGGUCAACCUGCCUGCGCGCAGGGUUAUCAUACGAACUCCGACCUUUAAUGGUCGUCUGCUCGACCCCCUGACCUACAGACAGAUGGCCGGACGCGCUGGGAGGAUGGGAGUCGACACUGAGGGGGAGAGUGUGUUGGUGUGUAAGGAGGCGGAGCGUCAGAAGGGCGUGUGUCUUCUCCAGGGUUCUCUGCAGCCAAUCAGCAGCUGCCUGAUGAAGAGGGAGGGGGAGGGCCUAACUACCAGUAUGCUCCGAGCCAUCCUUGAGAUCAUCGUUGGGGGCGUGGCCAGCUCUCCUCAGGAUGUGAGGCUUUAUGCUUCCUGUACGCUGCUGGCUGCUGGUGCCCGCUACGACACCCCACCUACACCAGGGACUGCCAUGACGGCGGGAGGAGGGGAGACGGGAGGAGGAGUGCGGGAGGGAGCGAUAGAGGCGUGUGUGGAAUGGUUGAUUGAGAAUGAGUUCAUAUCGAUCCAAAGAGAGGGUAACGAGAGGGGGAGAGGGGGAGAGUGGGAUGAGAGAGGAGGGGCAGGAAGACACGAGAGGUACUGCCCCACCCACCUGGGUUCUGCCACCCUCUCCUCCUCUCUCUCUCCUCCCGAGGCUCUGGGCAUCUUCUCAGAUCUACAGAGAGCCAUGAAGAGCUUCGUAUUGGACAACGACCUACACACACUCUACCAGAUCACUCCUGUGUAUGCUGAGUGGACCACGAUAGACUGGUACCAGUUCUGGUGUCUGUGGGAGGGGCUUGGCUCAUCCAAUAAGAGAGUAGCAGAGCUGGUGGGGGUCCAGGAGAGCUUCUUGGCUCGGUCUGUUAGCGGGAAACUGAUCGCCAAGACGGACAGACAGAGACGACAGAUGACCAUACACAAACGGUUCUUCACUACUCUGGUCCUUCAGGAUUUGGUCAACGAGCUUCCUCUGGGUACCGUGGCAACCAAGUACAACUGUAGCCGCGGACAACUACAGUCUCUACAGCAGUCUGCCUCCACGUAUGCAGGCAUGGUAACUGUGUUCUGCCGACGGCUGGGAUGGCACAGCAUGGAGUUACUCCUGUCCCAGUAUCAGACCAGGCUGAGCUUUGGGGUCCAGAGGGAACUGGUCGACCUGGUCAGGGUCUCACUGCUGAGCGCAACAAGGGCACGGACACUCUACGACCAGGGUCUCUCUACGGUGGCCCAGCUGGCCAGGGAAAAGGUCACUGAGGUAGAGAAGGCCCUACGCAACGCUGUCCCCUUCAAGAGUUCUCGUCGUGCGAUGGAUGAGACCGAGGGGGAGGCGGCCGAGAGGCGGAGCUUACGGUGUGUCUGGGUCAGUGGGGGGCGGGCUCUAACAGAACACGAGGCAGCCAUUGCAAUCGUGUCUGAGGCCAGGCUCCUCCUCCAGCAAGACCUCGCCCUAUUGGGGGUGACCUGGGACCCGGGGACACUGCCCACGGAAACACGCCCUAACAACGACCAUGACAACGACUCACCUGAGACACAGCGGGACCGGUCCAAAUCCUGGAGAGAUGGAGAGAGGAGGUUAAAUGAGAAGAUGGAGAUGGAAGACGGAGGGAAAGAGGGAAGGAGAGAGGGGGAGAGAAACGUGGUUGAACAGAAAGAGGUAGAGCAGAGAGAGAAGAACGAGGUAGAGAGGAGGGCGGUAGAGCAGAGAGAGAAGAACGAGGUAGAGAGGAAAGAGGUAGAGCAGAGAGGGAGAGAGAAGAACGAGGUAGAGAGGAAAGCGGUAGAGCAGAGAAGCCCCCACCUCCCGAGUGGAGGAACCUCUGGCCAGUGUUUCUGGGGGGACAGUAAAGAGGGAUGGACUGGGCGUGGCAGGGAGAUCUCCUGCACAGUCAAACGCCGGAGGGUGGAAGAGGAGAAUAAGUGUGGGUCUCCUGAACUCUACGAGGAGGAGGAGGAGGAGGGAAGAUCUUGGCAGGCGAUAAUGAUGAUGAUGACGAUGAUGAUGAUGAUACCCAUCCCACCCCCUAGCGCACACCGCUCCUCAGUGACCAAUGAGAACAGUCUAAACGGCAGUAGCAGCUUCCUAUUCGACAGCCUGUACGACAGCUCCUUAUUGGCUGGGCUUAGCCACGACUCUCACCAAUCAGAGGAAGAGAAGGAGGAGGGGCCUGUUGUCAUGGAGAUGAGUCUCCUGUCCAACCAGCAGCGGCAACGCAGCGGGCUCAUAGCCAAUCAGGAGGCAGAGGAACAGGAGGCCGUCCAAUGGGGCGAGUCGUCCUUCAACCUAUCAGAGUGGGGCGACUCUCUGCUGGUUGGAGAGCACUUCCUGGAGAGGCGGAGCCUGCUGAGACACACGUCGGGACUGCAACACGAACAAGACUGCGGUCAGACAGACAGACCCCGACCUGACCACAGCAAUGGUCAGACAGACGUUCACGGUCCGGAAAAAACGCAUGAUGGAAGGAUUGAGAAGGAGAGAGAUGGAAGGGUUGAGAAGGAGAGAGAUGGAGGGAUUGAGAAGGAGAGAGAUGGAGGGAUUGAGAAGGAGAGAGAUGGAGGGAUUGAGAAGGAGAGAGAUGGAGGGAUUGAGAAGGAGAGAGAUGGAAGGAUUGAGAAGGAGAGAGAUGGAGGGAUUGAGAAGGAGCGAGAUGGAGGGAGAGGUGUUGCAGUGUGUGAGAGCAGGCUGUUUAAAAGACCUGCAUCACAGAGAGAUGGAGUGAGAGAGGAAAACCGAAAGAGAGAGAGAGAGGAGGAGAGAGAGAAGAGGACAGAGUCUGAAUCCUCCCUCCACUGCAGCCCUGGACUCCAGGACAUCUUUGAUCGUUGGCCUAGUAUGUCUGACCAGCCGUCCCAGCACCCUCUGCUGCAACCAGCUCACACACUCACACACACAGCUGUUGACAAACAGGACACAGAGGACAGUUUGACUGGUCUGACUGGUCUAACACCACUGGUACAUGCUGAGCACAGAGAGACAGAGGACAGUUUGACUGGUCUGACUGGUCUAACACCACUGGUACAUGCUGAGCACAGAGAGACAGAGGACAGUUUGACUGGUCUGACUGGUCUAACACCACUGGUACAUGCUGAGCACAGAGAGACAGAGGACAGUUUGACUGGUCUGACUGGUCUGACUGGUCUAACACCACUGGUACAUGCCGAUGAGGACAGAGAGACAGAGGGACAACUGGGGGAGAAAGAGGGGGAGAGACGAGGGGAGACGGGAGAGAACAACGUGAGAUGGGGGGAGACAGGGGGACAAAUUGGGGAGAGAGAAGAGGGGAGAUUAGGUGGGGCUCACGGGGACCUCAUCCCCCCAACUCCAGAAACCGUCAAACUGACCACCUCCUCUGUCCAAUCACCUCACGCCACGAGGACGAUCCACCAAUCACCUCUCACCACCAGAACUCUCAACCAACCAACUCUUAUUUCCCAUCCUCUCAACCAUUCAACCCCCACCCCUCGACCCAUCCACCAAUCAGCUCACUCCACCCGCCUCCCUGAUCAACCAGCAGUCUCUGUUGGUCCCCAGUCCCUGAAACCAAAUCUCAAAACGCACACACACUCUCACUCAGCCCCUAAACCAGACACCAAACCAGCCCCUCAACCCAAAACGUUGCUAGACUCUCCUCCUGUCCCCUCCUCCCCCCCAUCUCUGACUGACGAGGGCUUCACCCUCCAGCUCUCCCAGGAUGCAUCUCUCUCUCCCAGCAGCCCUAGCGGUGGGCUGGCCAUCAUAGACGUGGCGAGCGACAGAACACUGUUCUACACCUUUAUAGAGGAAUGGAGGAGGAAGGAGAGGUAUUCCCUCGUUCCUGUCUGUCGAACGAUAGGAGACGGAGGAGACGGAGGGACUGGAGGGAGGCAGAUGAGAGGUCUUUCCCGGUGUUCCACAGGAAGUGUGGUGUUAACAGGACUGGCUGUCUGCUGGGGAGAGACAGACUCUUACUACAUAUCACUACUACCGCAGCAGCAGAGUACAGAGAUGAGCUCCAGUCUGGCCCCGCCCCCGCUGGCUGCUGAUUUGCCAGUUGGAGAGAGGGUGGAGCAGAUGAGAGCCUGUCUGAGUAAGUCAUUGGCCGACGGGGCAAGGGGUGUGGUCAUGACUUAUGACAUCAUCCAGGUGUACAAGACUCUGGUGCUGAGCUAUGGUAUCUCCCUGGAAGGACCCUGUGAAGACCUGAAGGUGGCGUCUUGGCUGCUGGACCCGGGUAGUGAGGAGAGAACUCUAACCAACAUGGUGACCUGCUACUGUCCGUCGGUUCUACCGCUACUGGAUGGACACUCCCCCUCCCCCCGCCUACGGGCUGCCAUAGACAGCGUGCUCAUACACAGCACCAUGCGUCACCUCACUGCCCUGCUGGAGAAAGACGGACUGAUAGAUGUGUUUCGCGGUGUGGAGAUGCGGUCCCAGGUGUGCUUGGCGCUGCUAGAGCUGAAUGGGAUUGGCUUCAGCUGGGAGGAAUGUGACAGGCAGAAACACGUGAUGCAGACCAAGCUGUCAUCUCUGGAGUCGCAGGCCUACAGCCUCGCUGGACACAACUUCUCUCUGACUAGCAGCGACGAUGUGGCACAGGUGUUGUUCCGUGAGCUGCGCCUGCCUCCAGGCUGUGAUCUGAGUGGGGUGAGGGGUAGUAAGAAGACCCUGGGGUACAGCAGGAGAGGAACAGGGAAACCGUUCAGUACCACCAAGGACAUCCUGGCGAAGCUCAGUUCCCUCCACCCGUUGCCGGGGGUGAUUCUGGAGUGGAGGAGGAUCUCCAACGCCUUGACAACGGUGGUGUUUCCCCUGCAGAGAGAGAGACGACAUCACCCCCUGCUGGUGAUGGAUAGAAUACACCCCAUCGCCCAGACACACACUGCUACAGGCAGAGUGAGCUUCACAGAGCCAAACAUCCAGAACGUUCCGAAGGACUUUGAGAUCCAGAUGGCCUCUGUGGUGGAGGAGAGCCCGCCCUCACAAGAUGGCCGCCGGACUGGUAGGGGCCGUUCCAGGCUGAUCAGACCUCCUCCUCCUGAAGGGGGCGUGGCCUUCUCCGUCAGCAUGAGACACGCCUUUGUACCUUUCACAGGAGGGAUGGUAUUAGCAGCAGAUUAUUGCCAGCUGGAGCUCAGAGUGUUGGCUCACCUCUCUAAGGACAGACGUCUGCUACAGGUGUUGAAUGGAGGAGCUGAUGUGUUCCGCUGCAUCGCUGCUGAAUGGAAGAACAUUCAGCUGGAGACUGUAGACGACAAGCUGAGACAACAGGCUAAACAGAUAUGUUAUGGUAUAAUAUAUGGGAUGGGAGCCAAGUCUCUGGGAGAGCAGAUGGGGAUAGAGGAGGACGAUGCAGGGGCUUAUAUCGAGAGCUUCAAGGACCGAUACACAGGUAUCCAUAGGUUCCUGAAGGAGACAGUGCGUAGCUGUGUGAAGAAGGGUUUUGUCCAGACUCUACUGGGAAGGAGGAGAUACCUACCUAACAUCAACACCAACGGCUACACCAGGAAACAGGCAGAGCGUCAGGCUGUAAACACGACAGUCCAGGGAUCGGCUGCAGACAUCGUUAAACUGGCUACCGUCAACAUACAGCAAUGUCUGAGAGAAACCUACCCUGCUGCCCCUCUCUCACACCAGCACACACACACAGAGAGUCGUGGCAGGGCUGUUCAACGUCAUCGUGGGGCGUUUUUCAUCCUGCAGCUUCAUGAUGAACUCAUCUAUGAGACCGCAGAGGAGGACCUCAUACAGGUGGCUCAAAUAGUGAAGAGAGAGAUGGAGAGAGCUGUGAAGCUCUAUGUUAAACUGAAAGCCAAGGUCAAGGUGGGACCCAGCUGGGGAAACCUGCAGGACCUGGACAUCUGAACAACGGCCCAGUUAUCUCCCCUUCCUCCCAAAGGACCUGGACAACGGCCCAGUUAUCUCCCCUUCCUCCCAAAGGACCUGGACAACGGCCCAGUUAUCUCCCCUUCCUCCCAAAGGACCUGGACAACGGCCCAGUUAUCUCCCCUUCCUCCCAAAGGACCUGGACAACGGCCCAGUUAUCUCCCCUUCCUCCCAAAGGACCUGGACAACGGCCCAGUUAUCUCCCCUUCCUCCCAAAGGACCUGGACAACGGCCCAGUUAUCUCCCCUUCCUCCCAAAGGACCUGGACAACGGCCCAGUUAUCUCCCCUUCCUCCCAAAGGACCUAGACAACGGCCCAUUUAUCUCCCCUUCCUCCCAAAGGACCUGGACAACGGCCCAGUUAUCUCCCCUUCCUCCCAAAGGACCUAGACAACGGCCCAGUUAUCUCCCCUUCCUCCCAAAGGACCUGGACAACGGCCCAGUUAUCUCCCCUUCCUCCCAGUUAUCUCCCCUUCAAGAGGAAUUACUGGGGCCUGUUGGUGGCGGGGCAGAGGCACAGUAUUUAUGAAUAUCUAGUGGAAUUACAGUGUAUGACGUUGUGGGUAUAAUGUUUGUGUCUUUAACAUGUUUUUAACCAGCGUUCUGAAUGUAAUGUAACGAGGACGACUUUAGUGGGUUCACAUCAACCUGCUGAGAUGAAGGGGAAAUGUGAUGAUGUUUUGAUCCCAGUAAUAUUGAUAUAACAUGGUGUGGUCACUGUCCACAAUAAAUACUAUUGAUAGAA